UAUAGAAUUUUGUACAUAAAAAGACAUAAAAUUUUAAAUUAAAAAUAAAUGUUGUAAAUAUUAAAUAUUUCAUCUAUUAUCUCGUUAUCAGUAUUCUGUUCCCCAUAAGUACGCACCAUCCGAAUUGAUUUAAGAUUUUAAAUCAGUUCAUAGAGACAUCAUUAAGGCACCAGAAUUGAAUAUUUAACCAGUAGUAACCAAAGAGCAACCAUAACAACCAAAUAUUUAACAAAAUGAAUACUCAACAAAAAUUGGAUUAUAUUAAUCAACAUAUUGGAGUUCAUCCCGAUUUUCCUAAAAAGGGCAUUGUAUUCCGUGAUAUUUUUGGAGCCUUAACUGAUGGUCAAACUUGUAAAUAUCUUAAAGAAGUUUUAUUGGAACAUGUACGCACUGAACAUCCCGAUGUGGAUAUUAUUGUCGGUUUAGAAUCACGUGGUUUUCUAUUUAAUCUGAUGCUGGCAUCAGAACUGGGAAUUGGUUGUGCUCCCAUACGCAAGAAGGGCAAAUUGCCGGGAAAAUGUGUAUCAGUUGAAUAUACUUUGGAAUAUGGUUCGGACAUUUUCGAAAUGCAAACCGAUGCCAUAAAACCCGGACAAAAGGUACUUAUCAUUGAUGAUCUAUUAGCUACCGGUGGUUCAUUGGAGGCAGCUGUUAAACUAGUACGCAAAGCAGGCGGUGAAGUUGUAAAGUGUUUGGUUGUUAUGGAAUUGGAAUUUUUAGAGGGACGCAAAAAAGUCGAUAGCAAAGUACAUUCCCUCCUAAAAUACUAAAACACGCAAAACAAAAAACUAAGCACAGUUUAAUUUUAAAACGCAAUAGAAGACAAAUACAAAUGUAUACCUGAAGCAAUGAAUGCAUUUAAAAGUUUUUAAAAAAAAAUAUAUUUUUGUGUAAAAUAUUUUUUUAAAUAAACAAAUGUGUGUAAAUAAA